AUGUUAAAUUUAACUCAGGCAGAACUGGAAAGCGAAACGGUGGAAUUUUCAAAAUUCCGAAAGACGAUGAUCGACCGACAGUGCGAUGGCUUCAUGCUUUCCGACGGUGAAAAGGAUUAUUUUUGUAAAGCAGUGGACGGUACACCGCUGACCAUUGGAUUCGUUUCAUAUCGACGUCGAAACGAGACUGUCCUGAAUGCAAGCGUACAACGACCAGUUAAUCCACGGAAGGAUUUGGUUGGACACUAUGUUCCAAAAAGGGGCCUUUGCCGCGGUGAUCUGGAUCAUGUCGAUAUGAUGCAGCGUUUCAACGCAUUCUUGGAAUCAAAGAAGUGUGAGAUGGAUACGCGACUGCCAUAUGCUUUGGUAGCAUCGCUUAACAAGUGGACAGAAAGUUGGCCGGAAUUGGCACCAAAUGCUACCUGCUCAAACAAUCCACUACCACCUGGUUUCGAUCCUCUACAUCAUAUUACCUCUUUCGUUAAUACAUUCAACCAUAUCACCGCCUUCUAUCCACGAUGGUUC